AUGGUCAUCACCACUGCCACCACCAGCAACAGCCCCAUCAAUCAGAUGGAAGUGAUAGCCAUGGCAGAGAACAGCAGUUCCCACCGUCGUCAACCUGACCGUCACAAUUACCAUUGUAAACAAAAACCUCAUCAUGCUGCUGAUGGGAUUUCCCACUCAUCUGCGUCCGACAAUUCGUCUGGCUCCUCAUUCGGUUCCUCUUCAUCUUCUUCUUCCUCAUCCUCAACAACAACAUCAUCCUCUUCCUCAUAUUCAUCCUCCUCUUCAACCUCAACCUCUUCAUGUACGCUGUCCUCUGAGAGCAGCACUGAGUCUUUAAACAAACAUCAGCUUCGGAAACCACAGCAUUCACAGUCAUGUACUGACAUCUCAAGGGUGCAAAAAGCAUUUGAAGAGGAAGACACCACACCUUUAAUAGAUGACAAGGGUAAUGUAGACAAGGUCUCUGCCAAAGAGAAACGACUGAGACAGAUGCACUCUCACCACAACUCUGCCAAGGGAAUUCUAAAGAACAAACCAAGGAUGACCAGAAACUCGGGGAAAGACGGAAGUUUCCGUAAAGCUAAGUCAAUGGAGGCCCUCCCAAGCCAUAAAGAAAGAGGUGGGAUGGAAAAUAUUGAUGAAGAUGAACUGGAAAGGAGAAACAUUGAAACAAGGAAGAAUUUGGUAAAAGAGAAACUGAAGUUCUCUGCAUUUCUUAAUGAGAUCACUCGGCAGGUGCUUAGUCCAUUGAGACUCACCUCUCUUGGGGUAACAGAUGCUCAUAAACCCAACAGCACAGGCCCGGCCAUUGUGAGAUCCCCUAAAGUUGACGGUAGAGUGAGGAGGCAAAGAUCACUGCAGAGACGGCCCAGCAGUGCAGACUCAGUUACCUCCAGUAAUUGUUCUCAUACCAGCAUGCAUUCUCAAUUAAGCAAGCAUUCCCAUACUAGUAGGCUCUCUCGGGCUAAACACAUACACCACCACCUUCUCACUAUCGCUCCCAUUCACCUACUUAUGAACACCACCACCACCAUCAUCGAGGAGAUCGCCACAAUUCCAAACAUCACCGUCACCACACAGGCCACGAUAGCCCAGAUCAUCACCGUCAGCACAGACACCACCACAGUCCAAAACAGCACCACGGAGGCCACUACAACAGCCCGGCUCAUCACCAUGGAGAUAACCAUGGUUCAAGUCAUGAUCAUCAUCACUAUUCUGGAGAAGACCACAAAAAUAGUCAUCACCAUCACCAUGAAGACCACACUCAAUCUCAUCACCAUCACCAUGGAGACUACCACAGCCCAACUCAUAACCACAGAGACCACCAGAGUUCAACUCACCACCAUCACAAUCAAGACCACAAUCCAACACAUCACCAUCAACAUGAUGACCACCAUAGCCCUACUCAUCACCAACACCAUCACCAUGACAACCACUGCCCCACAAAUCACCAUCCCCAUGAUGAGCACCACAGCCCACCUCAUCACCAUCAUCAUGGAAACCACCACAGCCCAACACAUCAACAUCAUCAUGAUGACCAUCACCACCCCACUCAUCACCAUCACUAUGCAGACCACAGCCCAACACAUCACCAUCACCAUGACAGCCACCACAGUCCAACUCAUCACCAUCACCAUGACAACCACCACAACCCCACUCAUCACCAUCAUCAUCAAGACCAUGGUCAUGAUGACCAUCCCAGCCCCACUCAUCACCAUCAACAUGGAGACCACAGCCCAGCGCAUCAACAUCACCAUGACAGCCACCACAGUCCAACUUAUCACCAUCACCAUGAUGACCAUCACAUCCCCACUCAUCACCAGCAUCAUCGAGACCAAAGCCCAACACAUCACCAUCACCAUGACCACCACCACAGUUCCACUCCUCACCAAGAAGACCACCAUAACCAACCUCAUCAUCAUCACCAUGGAGACCACCACAGCCCCACUCAUCAAGACCACCAUAACCAACCUCAUCAUCAUCACCACGGAGACCACCACAGUCCCACUCAUCACCAUCAACAUGAAGACCACCACCAACAUGAUUCUCACCAUCAUCAUCACAUCUCUCAUUCAGACUUUCACCACCCAGCAACUGUCUCAGAUUCUGAACACAGUCCUAUUCACUCAGAAUCACACCUUGGUCAUCACUCUUCCCAUCAAACGCCCGAGCCUCACCAUAGCCAUUCUAAAAGGAAUUCCCCUGUCAGUCUGUCCUCAGAAAGGAAACUUGAAUCCCAUUCAUCCAGGAAUACUACCAGCUCCUCCAGUCAAGAUGAAGAACAGACAGGAUACCGAAGCUCAACUUCAUCUUUGCAUAAAGAAGUUACAGGGACAGAAUGAGGAUCUGCACCACAGUUUGUUCCAGACAGCUGUGAGGAUGGAGUGUUUGGGUGAAGAAUUCAUGAGCAGCCACCAGCUCCUAGAGGCAGAGCUUCAGGGGACACGCUUGGAGCUUAGCGGCCUCAUGGAAAAGUUUAAAAGGCUACAAGAUAACUAUUCUUCCACGCAGCAGACCAAUAAUCUUCUGGAACAAAAGCUUCAUUCGGUGGCUCAGAAUAUGGAAGGGGAUCGCGAGAGCUUGAACCAACGCAUCUCAGCACUGACGGAGCAACUUGCACAUGCAAAAACCGCUGCCAACAGGGAGACUCUGAACGUGAGAAUUUCACCUCAUACCCUUGACCAGUGUUUCCACUCAGAUGAGUCCGUCAAUCAGUUUGUUAUUGCCAUCGCUCCGCCUCCAGCUCAGUUCAUGGAUAGUCACAACUAUGGAAAGGCCAAGGCAACAGGGCAGGAACAGUCACUGGUGUCGGUUCCAGAGGAGGAGGAAUCUGACUGGUCUGAGAUAGGCGAAGAAACCCCGCGGUUUUUCUUCACAGGGUCCAACAGAGGCUGUCAAAGAGCUGCUGCAUUUUCGCCAUGGAGACACGAUCACAGAUACUGGCCAGGGCAAGGGGAAGGAGAUGUUGACAGUGAGUCGGGUGGGGAGGAAAUUGUCAGACCACACCUUCCACGCUCCCUGCACAUUCCUCAUCUCCAGUUCACUGUCCACCGUGAUCUUGUACCAGUCCCUCUUACUAGUCAUACCAGUCCCACUGGCUGCAUCACCGCAGGCCCAAAGCAUUGCUCUCCCAUUCGCAUCCGGUCUGCCAGCCUGGAGGAGAUCCCCUUGGCACAUCACAUGCAGGAGGAGCUAAGAGGAACGGCGGCCAUGAUGGACCUCCACCAUUCAGAGCACGAAGUAAUAGAUGAUUCUGAUAAUGAGAUCAUUCAUCACUGGAGGCCAAAGAAUGACAGUGAAACAAUAAGGGGAAGAUUGCAGGAUACCAGUGGGUCAGAGCCAGCUGGCAGCCUGGCCAGCUUGCAGUCAGCCCAAAGGAUGCUCAACCAUUUCAUCUGUGAACUGCAGCCCAGUGAUGGUCAGGGCAGGGCUGAGGUUCAAGGAUGGGUAGGAGGUGUUCCAGAUGAGGUGUUGAAAGGGGAGCGAACGAAGCUGUAA